AUGGCAGGCAAUUUCCAUGGUAGUUCCAGAAAUGUUUACUUAGACGGUCGCAGCACGCUGGUAGCCGAAUGUGCCGACGUCAAUGGCCAUCACCAUCGCACUGCUAUCGAUCUGAACGACUGCCUUACCAACACCAAUGGCUCCUUGCAUUGGGCUCGCGGAGGAAACUUUGCUGCAUCUGCACGACAUAUUCAACUGUUCGACAACGGCAAUGGCCUGGAAGCAGAAUUGGGAGACGGACGCGGCGGCUGGAAACAUAACCGCAUCAACCUCAAUGAGAGGAUAUCCAAUGACAAUGGUCGUCUUGUCAUGCUCUGA